GGCGGGCGCUCACCCCGCGACCCUCGAUGUCCUCCUGCUCCUUCCUCGACGGCGAGAUCGAGGUCGAGAAGGUGUACCGCGACAACGAAGUUGCCGCCGAGGUCCGGAUACCCAUCGCGCCGUGGGUCGGCGGCACGGUCGUCACCGUCGAUUUCGGGCCGUGCCAAGUCGAGAUCCCAGAGUCCGAAGUCGAGGGCGCCUCGCUGCUUGGGGGCGUGGCGAUCCCGCACAGCAAGCAGGCAUCUUUUAAACUCGAGCACCCCGACCGCGCGGACGAGUUCGAUAGCGUGACGUUGCAGGCGGUGCUCUCCAAGCCCGAGACGGCGCGCUGCCGCCUCGAGGACUACAUCAAGCACCUGCGCGACGCCACCACCGUCUCGUGCCCCUCGACGAAGUCCUCGGUGCUGCGUUCGCCGCCGCCGCCGAUGCCGUCGCCGCCGCCUCCAGAAACCUUGUUGGGCCUUGGCGCGGCGGGCGGCGGCGUGCUGGGCGGGUCCGCCUUGGGCGCGAGCGUCCUGACGGAGGUCGGCGCCCACCCGGUGGCGGUGGCUGUCGCCCUUGUGGGCCUCGGUGCGCAGGCCGACGACCCGUACGACGAGGACGAGGACGAGGACGACGACUACGCGACGCGGUACGACUACGACGGAGAGUACGCCGGCAACCGGCCGGGCGCCGGCUACGAGAGCCGCCAGCACUCGAAGCAGUAUGACGCGAAGCAGAGCCCGUCGAGGCG